GGUUUCAAUAGCGUAAAUUUGCAAUUAUAAAUUUUGCAUUCCGAUCAAAAGCUCUGUCUAUCAAUUUCUGUUAAAACCCGUCUCUGUUUGAUAUAAACUCCCAUGGAAGACAAUGGAUACUAUUCAUUCGACGAUGUGGAAGCGGGAAGCAAGACGGCGGAAAUACAAUCCCAGAAGCGGCAGCGCCGUCGCAGAUUGAGGUGGUGGAAUAAGAUCCGAGGAAUCGGCGCCCUGAAAAUGCUCCGGGAAUGGAGGACCUUCAUUCGCCGGAUAAAGAGAACCGGAAGCAGAGGGCAGCGAGAAAGUUUCCGGUACGAUCCUCAGAGCUACUCACUGAACUUCGAUCAAGGGCCGGAGCAAAACGGCCGGAACUUGGAGGGGGAAAAUGAGUACGGCUACCAGAACUUCUCCGCUAGAUACGCGUCGAUUCCGGCGUCCGGCAAAGAUGGGCCCAGGUUCAUGUGAGUGCGCGGCGUUCUCUAUCUUGCGCCGUUGUUGAGAUAUCUGCGGCAGGGGUGGUAUAGCGCAUGACUUGGUAUGCAGGGUCAACUGCACAGUUAGUUUAACACGAUUUACUUCACUAAUUUUCUUUUUUUCAUACUAGUAGAUAAAAUAAUUGCCGUAGAAUUUUCCUUAAUAAAAUAGUUUUUGCUUUACUAUCCUCCGUUUAAAUGACAACAUGUUGAAUUUUAC